GACCGAGGCUGUGCAGACAGAACCCAGAAGCCGGGACCGGCGGCUGAUGUUGAAGCGCAGCCAUGGUCUGGAAGAAACUGGGCUCCGGCAAUUUCUCCGACUGCCCCAAUGGCUCCCGCCAGUGGAUAUGGGACGUGUUUGGCGAAUGUGCCCAGGACGGCUGGGACGAGGCCAGCGUGGGCCUGGGCUUGAUCUCCAUUGUCUGUUUUGCAGCAUCCACCUUCCCCCAGUACAUCAAGGCCUGCAGGACAGGCAACAUGGACCAGGCGCUGUCUCUGUGGUUCCUUUUGGGCUGGAUCGGAGGAGACUCCUGCAACCUCAUUGGCUCCUUCCUCGCUGACCAGCUGCCCCUGCAGAGCUACACGGCGGCGUACUACGUGCUGGCCGACCUGCUGAUGCUGGCCCUCUACUUUCACUACAAGUUUAAGAAGCGCCCCUCUCUGCGGUCUACCCCCAUCAAUUCCGUGCUGCUCUUCAUCCUGGGGGUGGGGUGUGCCUUCCCGCUGCUGAGGACCACCGGCCCAGUGGCUGCCCCGAGGGAGGUCUUCCGGGGCCGCACGCUCCUGUCAGUGGAGCCGGGCAGUAAGCCCUUCACUCGGCAGGAGAUCAUCGGCUUCGCCAUCGGCUCCGUCUCCAGUGCGCUCUACCUGCUGUCCCGGCUGCCUCAGAUCCGCACCAACUUCCUAAGGAAGUCAACGCAGGGCGUCUCCUACUCGCUGUUCGCCUUGGUGAUGCUGGGGAACACGCUGUACGGGCUGAGCGUGCUGCUCAAAAACCCCGAGGCGGGCCAGAGCGAGGGCAGCUACCUGUUGCACCACCUACCCUGGCUCGUGGGCAGCCUGGGCGUGCUGUUGCUCGACACCGUCAUCUCCAUACAGUUCCUGGUGUACAGGGACACGGCCACCUCCUCGGAGCGUCAGCCCCUCCUCUCCAGUUGACCCGGACUCAGGCCAAGCCCGGGACUACAGGGCCCUCCAGAUGCCGCUCCCAGGAAGGGUCAAGUGUGGGCAGACACGGUGCUGCUGACUCUGGACUGGCCGUGGAGGUGGCCGGGGGCGCCUUGGGGGCCUGGCCCAGCCGCCGCCCCCACCUCGGAAACCUCCUGGCCGACUCUUCCAGGAACCCUGACUGGCUGACUCUUCAGGGAGCGGGGAGCGAGAGGGGUGCAGGGGCCAGCCCCCCCCCGAGUCUGAGGCUGCUGUCCUUGGGAGCCUCGAGGGAGGGGCUGCAGCGGAGACCUCGGCCCCUCCAAAGGCAGUGGGCGCCCCUCGACCCACCUCCCUCCAUCUGCCUGCACACCCCCUGGAGCGGGAGGCACCUGCAGCCGGGUAUCCCCAGGGCUGUCCCGUUGACUGCAGACAGCCCAGUAAACGGUACCUCCCAGCGAGGCCUCUUUCUGUUGCUCCUUCCCCGAGGUGCUGUGGUCUGGGCUGCUCCGGGCAAUAGCGGGGCACGGGGAUCUGGGCCCCAGCUUCCGGGUCCCAGGUGGGGGCCUGGAGGUCGGGAUAUGGCAGAGCCGAGCAGGAGCGGACUGCCCAGCCUCCAGGGGGCCUCGGGUUUUCUCACCGGAUUCUCUGUAACAGACCCCACACCUGGCGGUGAGGAGACAGCAGCAAGAAUGACAGGGUCCCGGCCCCUCAGUGCUCAGGAAGAAGCAGAAUAGUUAAAGGUUCAGAUCUUAGUUCUGCCUCUUUGCUUCUCUGUGCCUCAGUUACCUCAUCUGUGAAAUGAGAUGUAUGUUAUAAGAUGGUGCAAUUAGCGGAGGUUAGCCCCGAAGUCUGGCAUGUGGUAAGCGCGCCAUAAAGGUUCGCUUUGAUAAUUUUCAGUUGGAGGAGAGGCACUUCCAGAUCUCCCCGCAGAUCAGGGAGACCUUCCUGGAGGAGGUGACAUGCAGAAGGCCGGGCAGGAGAGGUGGGGGGUGUGGCAGGCAGGAGGAAGGAGGUGCAAGAGCAGUGGGAAGGGAGGAGAAGAGGGCAGGGCUCAGCCCUGAGUUCCAGUCCUGGGCCCCAACCUCACUUCGUCUCCCUGACCCCGUUCUGAGUCCACUUGUUGGCCAUGACCCUGUGCGUGCCUGAGGGGCUGGUCAGGGAGAGAAGCUGUGGCUCAGGCUUUCUGAAUCUCCUCUACCUGCCCCGGGGACGGCGGGGAGCUCGGCAGUGGGGCCUGCAGCCCGGUCUGGUGCCGCGUGGAUGGGCCGAGUGCAGCCUCCACCAGCCCAGGCUGCGCUGGGCGCCGGGAGGGGGGUGACCCCGGCUCUGGUCCUUGUCCUCGUGGAGGGAAGCUGGCUGCCGGGCCCUGGGGGUAAGGGCUUUGACCAGAAGGUACAAAGUGCCAUCAGAAUGAGGAGACUCCCCAGGGAAGGCCUCACGGAGGAGGGGCCCGGGAGCUGAAUCCUGAAGGCGGAGGGACGUCAGGAAGGGGCCAGGGUGUGUGCACGGGCCUGAGCUGGGGUCGCUGCAAAGCCAGGCUGAGUGUAGACAGGGUCGUGGGGCCGGGGCCAGGGCGCACAGCAGGUCGGGGGAGAGAAGGCAGGAAUUGGGGUCCGGCAGACCAGGGAGAGCCUCCUCUGAGGCACAAGUGGGCAGUGAGGCCAAGUCGGGCCAGUGUCCCCCGGGCCCGUCCUGGGUCAUGCCUGCGGAGCGCCCUGUGUACCCCUGCACGGGGCUGAUGUUUGUUGAGCGCUUGCCGUGUGCUGGGCUGGUCGGUGCAGUUGGGAUGGCCAGUAGACAGAUGGAAGACAGGCUCUGAGGGAUCGAGCGGCUUGCUCGAGGUCGAGCAGCUUUUCAAACCCCAUUCCGUCCCUCCGCUGCAGGGACCGUCCCCCACCUGGCCGGGACCGGGGCUCUCGGGGUCCAGAGAUCGGGGCCGCGCGCCGCCCAGCUUCCCCUCGCUCCCAGGGGCGGCCCAAUCCUGCGGGGCUCAGGCUCCCUUCCCACUUCCUCGAGCCGCCGGCCCCGUCCCAGGCGAAGGUGCCCCCGGGCCCCAGCUGGCUCGGGCCUGGGCCUGGUUCAGGUGCCCUCUGCCAGGCAGUGGCUGGCUCCACGCAGGGCCGUGACCUCGCUUGACGCCAGUUACCGGGGGCUCCCUCAUACGGCAGCGAGAGCCCCAAGGGCCGGCGCAAGUCAGAGCUGCGGGGAGGAGAUGGAGCAGCGCAGCCCUGCCCUUCGGAAGCCCUCACAGGGGCGACCUCAUCCCUUCCCCCGGGCAGCACCGGGUCGUCCGUGGGGUGCCGGCUCUUGCUUUCCAGCACUGCCCAGUGGGCUGCUUCCUCCUCAGGAAGCCCCCAGUCUGAUGGCCGGGGCCCGGGCCCGGGCAGUGCCCUGUCUGAUGGAGGAGGAGGAGGAGGAGGAGGAGGAGUGCUCGUGCCCCAGCGCCCGGCACCGGGCGGCAUUAGCUUCUCCAGGGCCCGGGCCUCCCCAGCUGACGGAUCCGCUCAUUCCACCCCACUGAUGGGGCCUCAUGGAGGGGAGAGGUGCUCCGGGGGACCCCCUUCCUCCCCGGGGCGCACGCCUCUUAUCUCGCUGCAGGCGGGGGGUGGCCCGAAGGGAUGAGCCCCGCCUUACACCCGUCCUCCCGCCUGACUUUGCGCAGGCUCAGUGGAGGUCUGCAUCUAGGUUUCAGGCCCAGGCUCAGCCAAGAAAGGGGCACCGCUCUGGUCACUUGUCAGUUGUCCUUGUCCGGGAGGGAUUCUCCCUCUGGACACUCAUGGGGAGCAGGAGGCUGGGCCAGUCACCCCUGAAGAGCCCUCCCUUGGCGGUUCAUAUUUUAACUAUUGAAUGAGAUGCCGGGUGCGCAAACGCCUCACACAGCGCCUGGUCCCAGUGUCCCCCCGCCGAAUCCUGGGGGGAGCAGGAAAAGCUGGCUGGCGGGCAGGUGGCAAUCUCCUACAAAGCGGAAGGAAGGGCCCAGCGUGUCCGUCCUCAGCAUGUGGCCCCAGGCCCUCCCAGCCCGGGAUUAUUCAGCAAGCGUGAGACUUCUUAAGCCACAGCUUGGACAUGGCCUUUAGUCCCCAAAGCUGAGAAAGGGGAGCAGCCCACAGCUCACUCCCCUCCCCUCUUUACUUCUUCUGCUGUUGGACUUGGCUUUCACUGUUGCUGAAUGGAGGGACCGCAGAGGCUGCUGGGUAGACAGCCAGGUGCUGAGACCUAACUACCUGCCCCAACUUGCACACCCUAACCUGAUCAGGUUAGUGUUAGCCCCGUGGUGGGGAGUGGGGAUCGCCUGCUGCUGCAGUUGACUCCAUUCACUUGAAAACUAUUGAUCAGUCCCCCAGCCCUGUGACAGCCCUGAGGACACAGCCACCCACUGGGAUCUCUGUGCCCGGCACAUAGAAGUGCUCCGUAAAGAUUAUUUUUAUUCAUCAGCACUUCCCCACCCCCACCACAGUAUGGGCAGACUUCUGUCCUGCUCACCCAGUACACAGUAGGUGCUCAGUAGACGUUUGAGUGAGUGAGUGAAUGCCCGGAACAACGUCCCACAAGGAGCCCUCAAUCUGGUGAAGGAGACCGGCGUGUCACUCACACACAACUACUGAAUUUGUACAUUCAACAUGGGGAAAAUGUAUGGUGUAUGAGAUCUAGCUCAAUAAAACUAUUUGGAAAAAGACCAAA